UGUGCUGUGUUACAAGGGAUUGUGGGAUAGGCUUGGAGCUGGGAGGAAUCGUCCAAUUUGUCUCGGUCUUUGGUGUUUUUUUUGGUUGAUCAAAUCGUGUUUUUGUUGUGAGUGAGCGGGUCGGGAACGUGUCCAAGAUGCCUGAGAGAGACAGUGAACCGUUUUCAAAUCCUCUGGCUCCAGAUUCACAUGAGAUAGAAGAUACUCGGUCUCUGAAUCAGUCGAAGCUGACCAAUGAGGACUUCCGAAAGUUGUUGAUGACCCCAAGGUCAACACCAUCCUCAGCUCCACCUUCAAAAACCCGUCAACAUGAGAUGCCAAGAGAAUACAACGAGGAGGAUGAUCCAGCUGCCCGCAGGAGGAGAAAGAAAAGCUAUUAUGCGAAGCUGCGACAGCAGGAGUUGGAGAGGGAGCGUGAGCUAGCAGAGAAGUACCGUGAUCGAGCAAGGGAGAGACGAGAUGGUGUGAACAAAGAUUACGAAGAAACUGAGCUCAUCAGCACAACAGCAAACUAUAGAGCAGUCGGGCCAACUGCUGAGGCUGAUAAGUCUGCUGCGGAGAAGCGGCGCCAACUGAUUCAGGAGUCCAAGUUCUUGGGUGGUGACAUGGAGCACACUCACUUGGUGAAAGGGUUGGACUUCGCCCUGCUACAAAAGGUCCGUGCAGAAAUCACCAGCAAAGAGAGAGAAGAAGAAGAUCUGAUUGAGAAAGUGCAGAAGGAAGUGAAAAAAGAUGAAGACCCAGAAAACAAAAUUGAAUUUAAGACUCGUUUAGGCCGUAAUGCAUACCGCAUCCUAUUUAAAAUAAAGCCUCAAGAGCGAAAUGAGCUGUUUUUGCCGGGGCGCAUGGCAUAUGUCGUGGAUCUGGAUGAUGAAUAUGCAGACACAGAUGUACCCACAACACUAAUCAGAAGCAAAGCUGACUGCCCCACAAUGGAGGCACAAACAACCUUGACCACGAAUGACAUCGUAAUCAAUAAGUUGACUCAGAUCCUGUCCUACCUGCGCCAGGGAACUCGUAACAAGAAGCUGAAAAAGAAAGAUAAAGGGAAAUUGGGAGGGGAUGAAAAGAGACCACCAGAGGCUGAUAUAAGCAUCUUUGAUGACAUUGGUGACUAUGUACCAACAACUGCAAAGGUUGUUCGAGAAAAGGAGCGUGAAAAAUACCGUGAGAAGGAGAGAGAACGAGAGCGGGAACGGGAGAGGGAAAGAGAAAGGGAGAGAGAACGGGAACGAGAAAGGGAAAGAGAAAGGGACGAGGAGAAAAAGUCCAGACACAACUACUUCGAGAAGCCAAGAGUGGAUGAUGAGCCAGCAGAAUUGGAGACUGGCCCUGGGUCAGCAAAGGAUCUGAUUAAAUCAAUCAAUGAAAAAUUUGCAGGAGCUGGAGGAUGGCAGGGGGCAGAAUCGGCAAAGAGACAAGAGGAGAAGAAACGCCUUGGAGAUUUCUUUGGAACAUCCGACAGCUAUGCAGAGUGCUACCCUGCCACACUGGAUGAUAUGGCUGUUGACAGCGACGAAGAGGUGGAUUACAGUAAAAUGGAUCAGGGAAAUAAAAAAGGGCCCCUUGGGCGCUGGGAUUUUGACACACAGGAGGAAUACAGUGAAUACAUGAACAACAAAGAGGCAUUGCCCAAAGCUGCUUUCCAAUAUGGUAUCAAGAUGUCUGAGGGACGCAAGACGCGACGUUUCAAAGAAACAAAUGAGAAAGCAGAACUGGAUCGUCAGUGGAAGAAGAUCAGUGCAAUCAUUGAAAAGAGAAAGAAGUUGGAGGCGGAUGGUGUUGAGGUGAAGAGACCCAAGUACUAAGGCUGGAGUGGUGUUGCUGUUCCUACAUUCCAUGAUUUUGAUCACUGAAUGGCAGCGAUUUGUCUGUGACCUGCGGAAACACUUCUUUGAUGCCUUCUCCACCUACAUCAGUGAAAGAGCAGCAAAAGUCAUCCCAACUUCGAACGAAUAAAAAAUCUUCACAAAGCCUAAUCACCCUAUGGUAUUAAAUAUGCAGCAAGGAGUGAUUUGCAAUGACUUUCAUUUUGAAACAGUUGAAUUUUUCUAAUGCUUGAUAGAAAUCCAUUUGGGAGGGGGAAAUUUUAAAGAAGGCUUGUUACAGCAAUCUGUGUGUUUUGUCGGUGUAGAGUUUGAGCUCUUUACAUUUGCAUCUGUUCUUCGUGUGUAGAAAACCUUAACAGAUUAAAUCUCUCGCGGUGUUUAAUGGA